UCUGAUUUUUGACCAUCUGAAAGGUCACUUUUGAUUUGCAGAGGCACCUUGGAAGACAGGCCUGGCAGUCUGCUUCCAAAAGGUCGCAGCCAAAAAAACCCUAUGGAGCAGUUUUAUUUUGCACAUAUGGGGUCGCCAUGAAUUGGGGUUGACUUUAUGGCAACUAAUGACAACAAGAAAUUAUGAAUGGGGUUGAAUAUCUUCUUGUAUGUCAUUGACCAGAUGUAUUUCUUUUUCUGUGAACUCUGCAUGUUUUACUACUGAAUUGUUCCGAGACCAUCUUGAAUAGACCUUAAUAAUAUUCUAAAAGUGGCUGGUGUUAGUAAAAAUUGUGAAAUUAUUGAAAGCUGUUGCAGGGAUUUUGAAUUUUGGCAGUAGUUCCAAGAAAGCAGAAUUUCUUGGCAAUCUGUGAAGUCUGGAGAAGUCUGUCAAUUUUAGACCAACUGCUGAUUUUUCUAACGUAACAACUAGGCCAGAAGUCAUGAGACCGCCAUUGCUUCAUCUUGACAAAGUGUUGCCUGCUUUUUUUUUUGAUACGUAUCAGCGUGUAUGUAAAUAGAAUUCUUAAAAAAAUGGGAUCAGAUUAUACAUAUUUUGUAUCUUUUUUCACUCAGUGUGUGUCUUUUCAUAUUAAUAUUCAUGGAACUACCUUUCACUCUCAUUUUCUUUGGAGUGUCAUAAUAUUCUAUUAAAAUGGUAUAUUCUAUCAUAUAUUCCACUAUGUGGUCUAUAAUUUGUCUAACCAGAAUCCUAUUGAUAGUUUUUUCUAAUUUUCCCAUUUACAGUCAAAGCUACAAUUAGUGUUUUUGCACACAGAUCUUUUUGUAUUUGUUCUGGGAGCAUGCAAGAUUGGGUUAACUAAUGCUUUUGAGCAUCUACUGUGUGGCAGGUGUUGUACAGAUUAGUUUAACUAUGUGAGCUCCCUCCUGUGCUGAAGGAACUUAAAGGGCUCUUCUGUGCCCAUUCUCUGCUUCCUCAUUGUGUGGAGGUUUCCUGGGCUCCCGCUUUCCUAACUUGUUCCUGCAGGGUAAUAACAGUGCCGUUGCUUCCUGGACACACUCUCUACACCCUCAUUCCUGGAGCUGACACUCUCCUUCCUCUGGCUCUGAAGCUGAAAUUCCAGGAGCUGUGUAUUUAUCUGACCUGUUUAAUUCAGCAAGGGCUUUGAUGGGAGGCCCCCAGUGCCAGCUGUUUUGGCUGCCUUGUCACUGUUGUCAGGAAGUAUUGAUCUGGCUUGCAGACUUUAUUAAAGCAUCCCAAGCUUUUCUAGUGAAUUUUAUUUUGGUCAAGAGUGUUUCUGAGUGCUAAGAAAGUUCACCAGUUCCCCCGGGGGUGUUGAUGGACUUUUGUAUAAGAAGCUUCUCGAAGCUCUCUCUUCAGGACAGAUUAACUCACUGGAUGAAGUAUCUGGUGGACUCACUGAGCCUAGAAUUGGCAGACGGGGCACUGACUUGCCUAAAAGUAUGCCUUCUAGUCAGUAGCAGGGUGAAGGAUUGAACCCAGGUAUCUUGACUUUGAUCUGGCAUUCCAUUUCCUGCAUCACGCUGCUUCUAACUCAUCUUUCCUUUUUUGUCAUUUGUGUGUAACUUACCGUCUUUAACAGCUGUGAUAAAUAUCAUUCCACAGUGCACUGAAAAAAGUCCUCAUCUUUGGCUUUAAUAUAAAUCACAAUAGGAAAAGAGUGUUACUUAUAAACCAAUUUCAUUUCCAUGCAAGUCUUAUUAGUCAUUAUUGUGGAUUGAAUUGUGUUCCCCAAAAAGAUAUGCAGCAUGUCUAAACCCCUGGACUGUGAAUGUGACCCUGUUUGGAAAUAGGGUCUUUGAAGAUGGUGUCAGUUAACAUGAGGUCAUACUGGAGUAGGGUGGGUCUUAGUCCCAUCUGAGUGGUGUCCUUAUGAAACAAGAAGAGGGACACCAAGAGACAGAGGAAGAAGUGAAGACAUAUCUACACUCCAAGGAAUGCCUCGGGCUACCAGAAGCUGAAAGAGGCAAGAAAGGAUCUUCCUCCUGGAGACUUCAGAGAGAAGAUAGCCCUGCUGAAACCCUGAAUUCAGGCUUCUAGCAUCCAGAACUGUGAGAGAAUACAUCUCUGUUGUUUAAAGCCACCUGCUUUGUGGCACUUUGUUACACAGCCCUAGGAAACGAGUAUAAUCAUGAUCCCAUUUUUGGAAUUUCUUAGAAAUCUUCUCUCUCUCUCUUUUUUAAUGCUUUGGAUGAAAACCAAACCUUAUCUCAUAAGCCUCCACAGCAAAUGUGAUCUUGGUUAAUGCCGGUAGCAGCCUGAUGUUUACUUCUUGACUCAGUGCUGGUCAGACCUCAGAUUUGGACACAGAUUGAGACACAGUCUGGAAUGUGUUCAAAGGAGAGCAGCCAAGGGUGGUGAGUGAGAGGACCCGAAUCAGCCCUGUAAAGCAUGGCUGCAGAGCCAACAGGGCCUACCCUAGGGAGGAAGGUGCAAGGGGCAGUUGCAGAGCUGUCUUGAGAUGGCUGAAGGGGGCCACUAGGAGAAUGGCACAUGAGAUUCGCUCCCUGGGCUUCAGCGGACCUGUGGGGAGGUGUGGGGUGAAGCCUCAGAGAGGCUGAUUUUAAAUACACUUGAGGAGGAACAGUCCUUACUAAAAAAGCCAAGUGGCUUAAAUACUUCUAGGGAUGGGUUCUCACUCUCCCAAGGUGAAUUCUUCACUUUUGUGAGAAAUUAUAAAUGGAUAUCAAUAACUGGGUCAGUUAAGGUAUAAGGCUUGAAGCAUCUCAAGGGCAGCUAUUGAUCUUACCUGAGUUCCUAACCCAGAGCCAGCAGAGCUGGUGUUCAUGUAAUCGCUACCGCAUAAAGGGAGGAAUGGAAGUAUAGGAAGGGUUAUGUCUUAGUUGCUCCCCUGCCAUCAGAGAUAACUUUUAGAACUUUCAAGGUAGAUAGGGGUAAAAAGCUAGAGGGAGAGACUGUGUCCUUGAGCAUUUAAGUGAAAUCACUUUGCCCUUUUUCUUCAUUAUCUCAAAAAUAACCAGAGUUGGAAGGCCCUUAGGAAUUUUCUCUGACUUUUAGAGCUGGAGAGGACUGAGCUGGUGGCAGGGCUCAGCCCUGGGUCCAUGUCCCUGGCCCAAGCACCAUCUGUUACCCCCUCGGUGCCACCUGGAGACUGGCGUUGCUGACCUGCUGCUCCUGAGUAAGCACAGUCAUACCUCUGAAGCAAAGAGGUCAAAUGCUGGCUGAGGAAAAGGACAUAAUACUCCUAAAAUGUACUACAAUAUUUGUCUCACCAUUCAUUUGAGAACUGAAUGUAUUUUCAUAUACUAAGCAUUAUACCUUCUGAAGUAUAAAAUUUAAGGUAUAUAUAUGUGUGCUGCCUACAUAUGUGGAUUAGAAUGUCUAGACAUGCAGAAGGUUUUGGAGGACUGUCAUGGUGAUGGUUAUAGUGUAGACUUACCUAGAUGUCAUUCCUGCAUCUGCCCCUUUCCUGUAUUGGGACCUGCAGCAAGUUAUUUAAAUUCUACCUCUCAGUUUCCUUCCCUGCAAAAUAGGAAAGCUGUAUCCCUUGCAUUAUCAUGAUAAACAAGUAAAAACAAAUUAGCUUAUUAUUACCAUCAUCAUCUCAACAGUGUUACCAAACUAAUGAUCUAUAAAAAUGGACAGUGGAUUUAAAGGAUAUUAAAGGCAAGCAUCACACUAGUUCACUGUUAUUAUCAUCUUUACCUAGUGUUGCCAGUGGAAACCCUCGUGGCAUAGUGGUUAAGAGCUACGGCUGCUAACCAAAAGGUCAGCAGUUUAACUCCAUGAGGUGCUCCUUGGAAACUCUAUGGGGCAGUUCUUCUCUGUCCUGUAGUGUCGCUAUGAGUUGGAAUCGACUCGACAGCAGCGGGUUUUAGUGUUGCCAGUAAACUUAAGAGAUAUUUAGACGUCUCUCCAGUGUGCUGAUUUAAACAAAGUUGUUUGGUAGGUUGGGGCUCCACAGUCAAAUUUAUCAGCCCUAUGUGAACAGCAGCAGUCCAUCAGCUGGUUCCAUAUCUGGGUGCUGUAAUAAUUCUGCUGUUAACAGGAGCACAAAUGAGUGAGCCCCACCCUGGCCUGAUGUUGGGCUGGUUUUUGAAUCUAUAAGCUUCCUUCCUGUCCCUCGCACCCAGACUCUGCUGGCGUCCCCUAAGUGUGUGCCAUGAGUGUUGAUGGAACCAGCAGAAGACAAGCUUCCUCUGUACGUGCAGGGGCAGUGGCUUUGUGGCGGCUCUGCCCAGGAAGUGAUGAAUCAUUCUGAGGAGCGGAAAGUGCUGAGGCUCAAACCAUGAAUUACGUUGGGCAAUUGGCCGGCCAGGUGUUUGUUACAGUGAAAGAACUCUACAAGGGACUGAAUCCUGCCACACUGUCUGGAUGCAUCGAUAUCAUUGUUGUUCGCCAGCCCAAUGGAAACCUUCAGUGCUCCCCUUUCCAUGUCCGCUUUGGGAAGAUGGGGGUGCUGCGCUCCCGAGAGAAAGUGGUUGACAUAGAAAUCAAUGGGGAAUCUGUGAAUUUGCAUAUGAAAUUGGGAGAUAAUGGAGAAGCAUUUUUUGUUCAAGAGACCGAUAAUGAUCAGGAAGUGAUCCCCACGCACCUGGCCACCUCUCCUAUCCUGUCAGAAGGGGCCUCGCGAAUGGAAAGCCAGCUGAAAAGGAACUCUGUAGAUCGAAUAAGGUGCCUGGACUCCACUGUGUCGCCCCAAGCUUCACCUCUGAGUGAGACGCCUUCAAGUGGCUCUUUAGUAAAGAAGAGAAGAAAACGGAGGAGAAAAUCCCAACUGGACAGCCUAAAAAGAGACGACAACACCAACACAUCCGAAGAUGAAGACAUGUUUCCCAUAGAGAUGAGCUCUGACGAGGAUAAAGAACCACUGGAGAGCAGCAGAACUCUUCCUAAUGACAUACCUUCAUUUCAAGAUGAUAUUCCUAAGGAAAACCUCUCCCCAGCCCUGACUUAUCCUCAGUCAGCAUCGUACCCUAAUUCAGAUAGAGAGUGGUCCCCUAAUCCAAGUAGCCUGGUAGAUUGCAAAAGGACCCCCCCUCAUCGUGCUGUUGUGCCCGAGGGUGGCCUUUCUAGUUCAUGCCCUCCACAGCCUUCCCACUUCCAUGCUUCGGAAAGUCCUUCAUGUUCCCGACCUUCAACACCUAAAAGUGAUUCAGAAUUGGUCAGCAAGUCCGUGGAUAGGACAGUGCAGAAGAAUAACCCAGAAAUGCUCUGGCUGUGGGGAGAAUUGCCACAAGCUGCAAAGUCAUCUCUACACAAGGUGAAAGAGUCCAGCCCAUUGAUCAGUAGAAAAAUCUCUGAUAAAGUGCACUUUCGGGCCAUUCAGAGCGAAUCUUCAGAUACUUUUAGCGACCAGUCCCCCACGUUGGGUGGGGGUCCUCCUGAGCAGGCACUUUUAGACCAGAACAAGCCUCCGACUGAAAUGCAGUUUGUGAAUGAAGAAGAUGUCGAGGCCUUGGGAGCAGCAGCCCCGCCGUUACCUACGAGUGAAGAACACAAACCCCCCUCUGCCAAUUUAGCCCAGACAGCAAGCAAGACAGACUCUCCUUCUAGGAAAAAAGAUAAACGAAGCAGACAUCUUGGUGCUGACGGCGUCUACUUGGAUGACCUCACAGAUAUGGAUCCUGAAGUGGCCGCCUUAUAUUUUCCCAAAAAUGGAGAUCCUUCUGGGCUCGCCAAACACGCCAAUGACCUUGGAGUCCGGUCAGCCAACCAGUCCCCGCAGUCCAUGGGCAGCUCUGGCAUUGACAGUGGUGUGGAGAGCACCUCGGAUGGCAUGAGGGACCUGCCAUCCAUUGCCAUCUCCCUCUGCGGGGGUCUCAGUGACAACAGGGAGAUAAUGAAAGAUGCAUUUUUGGAACAAGCGGUGUCCUAUCAACAGUUUGUGGACAACCCUGCUAUCAUCGAUGACCCCAACCUUGUGGUGAAGAUUGGGAAUAAAUAUUAUAAUUGGACGACAGCAGCACCUCUACUCCUGGCAAUGCAGGCCUUCCAGAAACCGUUGCCAAAGGCCACUGUGGAAUCUAUCAUGAGGGAUAAGAUGCCCAAAAAGGGAGGAAGAUGGUGGUUUUCAUGGAGGGGAAGAAAUACCACAAUCAAAGAGGAAACUAAGCCAGAGCAGUGCUUGGCUGCAAAGGGCCACAGUACUGGAGAGCAGCCGUCACAGCUUAGCAUGGCCACCAGAAUAAAGCAUGAGUCAUCCUCCAGUGAUGAAGAGCACGCAGCUGCCAAGCCAUCAAACGCCAGCCACCUCCCUCUUUUGUCUAAUGUCAGCUACAAAAAGACUCUCCGGCUCACUUCAGAGCAGCUGAAAAGCUUGAAGUUGAAGAAUGGCCCAAAUGAUGUGGUUUUCAGUGUUACCACGCAGUAUCAAGGCACCUGUCGCUGCGAAGGCACCAUCUAUUUGUGGAACUGGGAUGAUAAAGUUAUCAUUUCUGAUAUUGACGGAACAAUCACUCGAUCAGAUACACUUGGCCACAUUUUGCCCACCCUUGGGAAGGAUUGGACCCACCAGGGGAUUGCUAAGCUGUACCAUAAAGUGAGCCAAAAUGGAUAUAAGUUUCUCUACUGCUCUGCACGUGCUAUCGGGAUGGCGGACAUGACGAGAGGGUACUUGCACUGGGUUAACGAGAGGGGCACGGUAUUACCUCAAGGACCACUGCUGCUGAGCCCAAGCAGUCUCUUCUCUGCUUUGCACAGAGAAGUGAUUGAAAAGAAGCCAGAAAAGUUUAAAGUCCAAUGUUUGACAGACAUCAAAAACCUGUUUUUUCCAAACACAGAACCGUUUUACGCUGCUUUUGGAAACCGACCGGCUGAUGUGUAUUCGUACAAGCAAGUAGGAGUGUCUUUGAAUAGAAUAUUCACCGUCAACCCCAAAGGAGAACUAGUACAGGAGCAUGCAAAGACCAACAUCUCCUCGUACGUGAGACUCUGUGAAGUGGUUGACCACGUUUUCCCAUUACUGAAAAGAAGCCAUUCUUCAGACUUUCCCUGUUCAGAUACUUUCAGUAAUUUCACCUUUUGGAGAGAGCCACUGCCGCCUUUUGAAAACCAGGAUGUUCGUUCUCCCUCCACCUAAAACACACCAAGCAGCCUCUUGACGUCAAAGUGGAAGACUGGGCAUCACACAUUAAAGGAUAGGUUUUGUGAACCGUGGAGCUGGAACUCAGGAGACUGACGUGCAGUCAUUUGCUUAAGGACGGAAAGAAUUUAGAAGCGUCUCCCCCUCCCUCACUCCCCUGGGGGAGGGGUGACAUUCCUAAGGGAAACAUGGAGGGUGUUUUACAGGCCAGGAAUAGGGCUGCGUUCAUAAUGUGGAAAGCAUCCCUUGGCUUUGACCGAAAGCCAGUUCCAACAUGGCAUUCCCAGCCUGCUCCCAUGGUUAUCUGUUCACGUGCAAUAUGGGCCUAUGAAACCCAAGCAGAGGGUGACUGUCCGUGGGCUGUCCCCGCUGAUGACAGUGUCAGCUGAGGAGAGCCAGAUAUGUAGGAGUUUUGGUAAAGAUUGAGGCAGGGGCCACGCUUUAUUUAUAGCAGUGUCUCUGCCACCUUUUUUUGCACAGGGCAGGGAAGGGCCGUGCAAUCUGAAUCUGAGGCCUCUUUGAAGAGAAUCCAAACCCCAAACCGCACUGGCUCUGGGCUUUGGCCUUGUGAAUGGUCCCUUGCAGUAUUUGCCUAUUGGUCUGAUUUUGGGGUGAUAAGUUCUUCUUUAAUUCCUUUGGUUAAAGAUAACCUAAGUAAUUGGCAUAUCCCUCCCCUCCCUGAUUCCUGUGGCUAAAGGCUGGAAUAUUUAUGCCUUAAUGCAUCUGUGGCAGGUGUUUUAUUUAGAACGUGCUUUAUCUAGCUCUCUAGAACUUUGCAAUGCCUUAAUUGAAAAUUAUAGUCAAUAUUUCUAAGGCAGUAUUUUGAAUCAGUUCAACACUCUGCCAGCAUCCUUUUAUCUAGCAAGGUGGUACUGAAAGUGCGGACUUGAACAGAGCUUAUGCCAAAUGAUAACAAAGUCGAUUUUUAUUGGGAGCCUUCAAAAGCAGUUGGUUGGUUUUCAGAAAAUAGUUUCAAGAAGUUUAACUUAUAUUCUUUGUUAGGUAUGAUUUAUUACUCUGAUUGGAUUGCUGUUAUCAACCUUUUAGCCAUAUUCUAUUCCAACUGUACUUAAUAAAUUAAAAAAAAAUAUGUGUUGGACUAUCCAAAGAGCCUUAUUCUGUAUAUUUCGUAAGAUUGACCCUCUUUUGGAGUUUAAGAGGAAUACUUUUUUUGUUCUUAGUCCUUUUCCUCAGGUUAAAGGCAAAUGGAUAUGUAAUAAUUUGAGCGACAUUUUUUUAAGCUCAUAGACGGUGAUUCUUUUACGUGUUUAUUAAAUUGGCUUAUGGAGAGAACGCUUGGGAAAGUGAAAAUUAUUUUGGUAAAAGAUUUUGCUUUACUUUUUGAAGUAUUAUUUUUUAACGAGUGUUACACUCCAGUGAUUGAAGUGCUUCCGUAUUUAAAUUGGGUUGUUCGGGUCCCCGGAGGAACAAAAUGGAACUGACUGAUGAAAUUUUACUCUUUCUGUGAAAGAAAAUCUCUGAGGUGUUGCCUUCGUUGUGAUUGGUGGUCUCCGUGAGCAAGGAAAGCUUUUACUCAAGGUUCACGUGGACAUACAGAGAAAGGCAAACGUACCUGUGUGCAGGUGAUCCCCGAUUUGUGUAGGAACACAAACAUGCGUGUGCAGAUUCCCUUUUGGGGAUUAAAAACAAACAAUAUUUUUAAUUGGCAUUAAAAAUAUUUUUACAGAUAGUUCUACCCUCACUACUCUGGGCUUCAUUGGUGACCUUGAGGAACUACAUUAAUUCUUUCUGUCACGAGGGUACUUUUGAGUGACAUCUGACUGACAUGAACUAAAUAUAAGUUCAUGGUCCUGCAAAGGCUCACAUAGUUUCUCCCUCGAGCCUGGGAAUAACUUCGGCCGAGAGAUUAGGUAGAGUAUCCCUGGCAUAAUUUGCCCCUCCUCAGGACAACCAGCUGUAGUCCACACUCCCAAGUGGGUGUUUGAGAGCGUGCAACUUUGGACGGUGACUUUUGUGUACCUUAAAAUUCCACCCCACUGCACUCUGAAACAGGGCAUGCCGCCGAGAAAGUCACACUCAGAUCUCCAUCUCUGUACCCACGAAUGUGCGAGAAUGCUUGUCUGUGCCUGCAAGACUAUAACCCAGUAACCCCAUGGUUACACGCUAGGAAGCUGUAUUUGGACCACAUGUUUCAAAGUUGCCCCAUGGAAAUGAAUCACAUUGUAUGUGAUGAAGAGCACCAUAGACAGCACAAACCUGGUACGUUGGAGAACAGUGAUAACACCCUCAAAGAGAAUUCCCUUUUCAAUUUUAGGUUUGGAUCGCCACUUUAAAUAUAUUUAUUUGCCACAUAUGUUCUGUAUUUGUAUAUGCUGGUGCAGUGAUACAAAUCAUUGUAAUACUUCCUUGUGUUGCGCUGGAUGCAAAGUUAGAAAAUAUUGUAAUAAAUGAGACUGAUGAAAGAA